UCCUGACUUAUCAAUAACAUCUAGUAGCGAUAGUUCUCCGAGUCCAAAUAAUUUUGAGUUUUCAAUUCAAUCGGAUCAACAAGUAAAUGAUGAUAUCAUAAAUAAUCUUUUAUUCAUUGAUGAAAACCAGUCUCCUAUAUAUGAUAAUCAAUACGGACUCGAAAUUUUCGAUUCCUCUAACGUUUACGUUAAUGAAAUUUCCGAAAUAAAUUCACAUAAUUUAUAUGAAAUCUUUGACGUUCAGAACAAUUGCAUUUUAGAUAAUUUGGUCAAUUCUAAUGACCGAUUAUCUUUUUUGCCUAAUUUAUUAAAUACAACAAUAAAUCAAGAUAAUUUAAACGAUGCGUUAAUCGCUUAUGAGAUGGGUUUUAAUUACCCUAUCUAA